GUGCUGGGUUGACAGAGCCGCCGGCUGCUCCUGGACUGCGGUGAGGUGGUGCUGCGUUUUGAGCCCUUUUUCUCUUCAUCCUUUGCCUUCUUAAACAAAUGCCUCUAAUGUUUUUUUGUUUGUUUUUGAAAGAAAGAAGUUUUAAACACGCCUUGGCAGGUAACUAUCCCCAUGUAAUGCCUGGGAGAAGGCAUGCACAGGCCUGACCUCAGCUCCACUGCAGCCUUCAGAAGGCCCAUAGCCCAGGCUAGAGGGGCUUGGAGAGCUCGUGCAAUCCCUCACCUGCACCAGAAAUACCCCUGCUGAGGCCUUGAGCAUUCAGAUAAUCAGGAAUCCUGCCUGUGUGAGUCCAGCAUCCAGAUCUCUGCUGUCAGUUUUUGCACUCUUGCCUCACUAAACAGUCUUGUCAGGGUUCUUCCUAAAAGUUUUUUUUUCUUUGAUUUCACUUUGUACUUACAAAGUCAAAAGUGCAAAAUUCUCAUACAAGCAGUCUAAAAUAUGCAUCUGGGGAUUUUUGUUUUGUUCCAUCUAUAGCAAUGGCUUCAGGAACAGCAUUGAUUUAUGAUGAGGAAAUGACCAGUCAUAAACUACUUUGGCAUGAUCCUAUUUGUGAUAUUGAAGUGCCAGAAAGACUGUCAGCCUCCUAUGAGCAGCUUCAAUUUUACCAUCUUGUGGAAAGAUGUGUCCAUGUGCCUGCCAGAGAAGGAACAGAAGAGGAGAUCCUGUUAGUUCACAGUUCAGAACACUUGGAAGUUGCAAAAAGCACACAGACAAUGGAUGAAGAAGAACUGAAAAGAGUGUCUGGGAAUUAUGAUGCUUUUUUCUUUCAUCCGAACACUUACUGCUGUGCCAGACUAGCAGUGGGAGCAACUUUGCAACUAGUGGACUCUGUGAUGUUAGGCAAAGCGUGCAAUGGAAUGGCAUUAGUAAGGCCUCCAGGUCACCACAGUCAGAGAAAUGCAGCUAAUGGGUUCUGUUUAUUCAACAACGUUGCUAUUGCAGCAGAAUAUGCAAAAUUGAAAUACGGUCUACAGAGAAUCCUAAUUGUUGACUGGGAUGUGCACCACGGGCAAGGAACUCAGUAUACAUUUGAAGAGGAUCCAAGUGUUUUGUAUUUUUCCUGGCAUCGCUAUGAACAUCAAGAAUUCUGGCCAUCACUCAAAGAAUCUGAUUAUGAUGCUGUAGGCUUGGGAAAAGGAAAAGGCUUUAAUAUAAAUUUGCCCUGGAAUAAGGUUGGGAUGGGAAAUUCAGAUUACCUUGCUGCAUUUUUUCAUGUGUUGCUUCCAAUGGCUUUUGAGUUUGAUCCUGAACUGGUUCUUGUUUCCUCUGGGUAUGAUUCAGGAAUUGGAGACCCUGAAGGUCAGAUGAAUGCCACUCCUGAGGUUUUUGCCCACCUUACUCAGUUCCUGAUGCAGUUAGCUAAUGGGAAGCUGUGUGUCGUCCUAGAGGGUGGAUACCACUUGAAGUCCUUGUCUGAAUCAGUCUGCGUGACUGUAAAAACUUUGCUUAGAGAUCCUAUACCUCAAGUAACUGGAGAAAUGGCCCCUUGCCUAAGUGCUAUUGAAUCUAUUCAGAAUGUGAGAGCAGCACAUAAACCCUACUGGAAAUGGUUGAUGUAUGAAGACACAUCGUUCUUGCAUAAUUUGAGCACCAAAUCACACUUAGCAAAGACAAGUAAUACAAAUCCCUCUACAGACCAUGAAGAUAAGAUAAUUAACAACAAUGAAGCUGUCAAAAUAGAAAGGUUUCUGGAAUUGCACAUGAGAAAUAUUCUAUCUCCAGUGCCUUCCAUCAGAACAGCAACAACUGAGUCAAAAGCUUCAGCAUUCUUGCUCCCAGCACCUGUUUGUGUGGUGAAGGAAAUGGACAAAAAUGAAGUGAAAGCUCUUGCCAGUGACCUUUAUGCAGAUCUUGUGAAAGAGGACAAAACCUUGCACUCUCUUGGCAGUAUGUUGGCCGUCCUAGAUAAAAUACUAAAGAAGGAGGUAUGCAAUGGAAUUGCAGAUUCACUCACAGCUUCUGUUUCUGUUGGUGUAGCACUAAGAUAUUCUGUUCAUUUUGGAUUUCAAAGAGUGCUUUGCAUAUUUGUUGGAGACCUGCAGAUCAUACCAAACACAGAAGAUGGAAAAGUACUUAUGAUAAAUGUUUGCGAGAAAGAACAAUCUGGAAAGAUCGGCUCUAAAUACUUUAUUUCUCUAAACUGGAAAGAGGAUGCGGACAAGAAUGACUUCUAUUCUGCUGUACUUGGAUUCAUUCUUCCUGUAGCAUAUAGUUAUCAACCUGAUUUGAUAGUAAUAGCUGUUGGACCAAACAGGAGCAUUGGAAUAAGUGGAAUUUCUCUUCUUUUUGGUUUACUACAAGGACUAGCAGAAUCUCGAAUUCUUGCAGUGAUUGAGGACACAGAUGUAAAUCUAAUGCAAAAUGUAGCCAAAGCACUAGCAGGUGCUUCUGUGCCUCAUGUUGGAGCUUAUGUACCUCCUACCCAAGAAAAAGCACAUAAAAUAAAAAUAUUAAAAGACCAGCUUCAGCAGGACUGGAAAAUGCUUCAGUGCUCAGUGAAGGAUGGGAUUUCAAGUAAUUGACUUCAGUUUAGAACCGUACUACCCAACAGAAGAAAAUGCGUCACUAUUAAUUUUGCCUUUUAAAUCAUCAGG